AUGGAAUUUGUGCAUCGUAGAUGGAUGUAUAAUAGGAAUCAUCCUAAUCGUACGGGGUUGAGGGAUGAAUUUAUUGAAGGGGUUGCUGAAUUUAUUGCUAAGGCUCAAACACUUGAUGAUUUUCUUACUGGAGGAAGGAUUAGGUGUCCUUGUGUGAAAUGUAAAUGUGUUAAGUUAUUGAAAUCAGACGAAGUUAAAGUCCAUCUCUACAAGAAAGGGUUUGUAGAAAAUUAUUAUAUAUGGACUGCUCACAGGGAGAAUCAUGCUAGUUUAGAUGAUGCUAGCUUUCAUAAUUCUUUUGGUGGUGAGGGUAGCCCCAUUUCGGAGCAUAAUGUUGAAAAUUCUCGAUACAAUGAAAUGAUGAGUGAUGCUUUUGGGACGUUUCCUGGGGUUCAAUCCGAACCAAGUGAUGAGUCUAAGCGUUUCUAUGAACAGUUACUAGAAGCUAGUCGUCCAUUUUAUGAAGGUUCGGUACAUUCCAAGUUGUCUGUUGCGGUUAGAUUGCUAAGUAUUAAAUCGGAUAGUUCUAUCUCUCAAGCGGGCAUGGAUUCUAUUAUUGGGCUUAUGAAUGAACUUAAUCCGAGUAACAUUGACUUACCAAAAGAUUUCUACACUGCUAAAAAAUUGGUUUCUAAGUUGGGUCUUUCAUCAGAGAGAAUUGAUUGUUGUGAGAAAGGUUGCAUGUUAUUCUAUAAGGAUGACGCAUCUCUAGAGAACUGUAAAUUUUGUAAUCAGCCUCGUUUUAAGGAAGUCACAAAUGCCAAUACAAAAAAGAAAGUUCCAGUUAAAGCGAUGCAUUACUUACCUCUUAUACCUAGAAGGCCACCUGGUAUUCUCUGCCAUCCGUCAGAUGGAGAAGCGUGGAAGCAUUUUGAUAUGGUGUUCCCCGAGUUUGCUAGUGAACCAAGAAACAUUAGGUUGGGAUUAUGCACAGAUGGAUUUACUCCAUUGCUGUCUCUGUUGCACCAUAUUCAUGUUGGCCAGUGUCCACGCAAUCCGAAAAGUUUGAUUGAUGUAUACUUGCAGCCUUUGAUUGAUGAGUUACAAUUAUUAUGGCAUCAAGGUGUAGAAACAUAUUAUAUAUCAACCAAACAAAACUUCAGAUUGCAUGCUGCUUUGAUGUGGACUAUAAAUAAUUUUCCUGCUUAUGGAAUGUUGUUCGGGUGGUCGACUGCUGGAAACUUAUCUUGCCCUUGUUGUAUGGAAGACACAAAAGCAUUUACUUUGAAACAUGGAGGUAAAAAUACAUGGUUCGACUGCCACAGUAGAUUCUUGCCAAUGAAUCAUGAAUUUAGGCGAAAUACAAGUGCAUUUAUGAAGAACCUAACUGAUUUUAAGGAGCCACUGGCCUGCUUGUGUUCAGAAGAAAUUUGGAACAGAGUAAGGGAUCUGCCUAAAGUAAUAGAGUCUCCACCAUCUAAAUCAGGUUAUGGUGUCACACACAACUGGACUAAACGGAGCAUAUUUUGGGAAUUACCUUAUUGGAAGCACAAUCUUCUUCGGCAUAAACUGGACGUCAUGCAUAUCGAGAAAAAAUUUCUUGAUAACUUGUUUAACACUAUUAUGGAUGUUACUAACAAGACCAAAGAUAACUUGAAGGACAGGAUGGACUUAAAGAAAUAUUGUAGGCGAAGUGAGCUGUAUCUGGCAUACUUUAACAACAAGAUACAGAAGCCCAAAGCCAGUUACACGUUCACCUUGGAUGAGAGAUGA